AUGGACUCCCCCUCGCAUCCCCUCACCGAUCGCUCCACCAACACGCAUCUGGCCAACGCCGACAAGGCCCAAGAGCUCAAGAACGCCCCGGCCAACAUGAACUCCAUGGAAUAUCAUCGUGCUGUGCUGCAAGGGAAGCUAGACAGCGGCGACAAGCAACCCGCCAACUACGUUUCUCCGUCGGAUGACAUUAUGAGCCCCUGCUCAAAGAAGUUGAGCGAUCUGAAGGGCAAGCGCUUCAAGAAUGCCGGAAAACCCCAGUCGCUCUUCGCCAAACUGGGCAAGAAGAACUUCGAACAGUCGUCAGCAGAGCAUGGCCACCCGAAGAGCACCGAGUCGUCAUGA